UUAAACAGUUAUCCAUUGUAUUUGAUGUUGUAGGGUACUACAAAAAAGAAAUAUAAUACGGAAAAGUAGGUGAUAUGUUAGCUUUUAGCUACAGCUUAGCGAUUAUUCUUAUUUCUCCCACAAUGCAUUCCAUGACGUCACAUGAGGUACUCGCUGACUGUUGGACGACAGAAGAAAGCCCGCAGCCCGCCUUACAAUUGAGGGAGAGUGAGACGAGGAGUAGCUAACUAGUGAAAGAGUGACAGUGACAGAUUUAUAAGUAAGUAGAUAGAUAGAUAGAUAGAUAGAUAGAUAGAUAGAUAGAUAGAUAGAUAGAUAGAUAGAUAGAUAGAUAGAUAGAAUAGCAUAGCAUAGAUAGUGAGAGAUAGCAUAGCAUAACAGAUAGCUUAGAGAUAGAUAAAGAGUAGAUCAUAAAUAACGUUAGUCAAAAUGUUUUAUUACUGUGUUUGUGGCGGGUGCAAGAACUCCAGCAAAACUGGACAUAGGGUCCAUUCCUUCCCCAAGGACAAAGGGAUCUUCCGAAGCUGGGUGCAGUUUGUGAAGAUUAGGCGGGCAGAUUUUUCAGCUAGCUCUGUCACUGCCUACUCGAGAAUAUGCAGCUCGCAUUUCAAAGAGGAGGAUUACCACUAAGGGGAUGCUAAGAUGGUCUCACUUGGAUUAAAGAGUGAGAGGAGUGCUAAAUUACUUCCUACCGCCGUGCCGUCUGUGAACGCAAACCUCUCUGCUUGCCCCGUCCCGAGGUCGAGAGACACCGUCUGCUGCAAGCGAGAAAUUGCCACGAUGUUGACAGACGCCUCACAGCAGGAGACUGUGGACAGUGUAGACACUGUGGAGAGUGUCGAUACUGGGGAUCAGCCCUUGCCCUCCUCCACUUCUGACGCUGGGACACAGUGUUCUUUGAAGCCCCCCCGAUGGUCUCACGCUGUGCAGGUUAACCUGAAGCCCAAGAUGGUCAGCGUGGGCACACAGACAUCAUACGGCACACAAACCUCCACUCCCCUUGCUAGUCCUGAACAGACAGAUGAAGAUGAUGAUAAUGCCUCUGUCAUCAGUGACUUAUCGUGGGUGCCCGAAGAGCCGAUGCAUGAGGAGGACUUGUUUGAAGAGGAGCCACCUUACACGUGUGACCCCCAUCACAAUGGCAUUGACAAAUUCAUUGUUUGCCAAGAGGAGCUGAUGGGCCUUUUUGUCAUCUGUCCGGCCUGUUGUGAGAGGUCAGAUAGUAGCAUCGUGCAGCAGGAAGGAACUUUUCUUAAGAUCAAGCAGGUCUGUGCAUCAUGUGGCUACCACCGUUUCUGGCAAAACCAGCCAAUGCUCCACAGGAACAUGCCGACCUGCAACCUCCUGUUAAGCGGGGCCAUUCAUUUCACUGGAUGUUUGGCCACCCAGACAUUAAGAAUGUUGACUCUGUUUGGCCUGCAGUGAUUCAGUGCGAGCAGUUACUUUCGCCAUCAGCGCCGCUACACCAUCCCUGUAAUCGUUCAGGCCUGGCAAAACGAUCAAGCGAAGAAUUUUAGUGACCUACGGGCAAUGGAUGGCGGGCUAGUUCUUGCUGGUGACUGCAGGUCAGAUUCUCCUGGGCACUGCGCGAAGUAUGGAUCCUACUCUCUGAUCGAGGACAGAGUGAACAAGGUGGUGGAUGUUCAGCUUGUUCAGAGCUCAGAGGUCCCCAACAGCUCAUGGUGUGACCUUGAAGGGCUCAAGCGCAGUGUUGGCCUGCUGAGGGGAAAGGACCUGCAUUUAGCAACGCUGAUCACGGACCGUCAUCGCCAGGUUGCCAAAUGGGUGAGAGAGGAGCUGAGCCCUGAAGGGACACGGCUUUAUUUUGAUGUGUGGCACAUUGCCAAAAGUCUGGGGAAGGCAUUGGAUGCAGCUUCAAAAGAGUGUGACCAACUACAGCUGUGGAGGCCUGCUAUAGUGAAUCACCUCUAUUGGACUGCAGCCUCAACCCCUAGACGGCAACCCAGCAGUCAUGGAGGCUAAAUGGAAAAGUUUAGUCAACCACAUCCAGGACAUCCAUGACCAUGACACCCCUGCUUUCUCCAGUUGUGCCCAUGGCCCUCUAGACGGGGAUCAGCGCAACAAAGAGUGGCUGGACCCAGGUACAGUACACACAGCAUGUGGUAUUAUGUACGCUCUACAGUUUUGUUGUAUUUGCUGUCUGAGUGCUUUGACAUGUGACCUAUGAUGAUUAAAUUAUUUUUUCAUUCCCUGGCAAUCUCAUAACAUUCUGUUUACUGUUUAUGUUUGCUAUAAUUCAUAUGCAGGACCAUUUCAUGUGUUUCCAUUAAAAAAAGAAUUUUUGUCAGAAUCUAUCUUGUCUAUUUA